UGUCCAUGUGAGCGCUGACGUCAGAGCGCUUGUCCUGCUAGGUUUCCAGCGCAAUGGCGGCGACGCGGCUGUUUCUGAGAGCUUCACCCGUUAAGUCUUCGUUAACCGGGUUAACCGGUGGCGUGCGCAGCAGUUUGGGGUUAACUCUGCUUAAACGGUCCCCUGACUGCACAGCCGAGCCGAAAGCGCAGAGGAGACAUGCAGCGCACUUCACCUAUCACCCUGACCCUGCGCCUACUCAGUACGGCCCCACACAGAAGAUGAAUUUAUUCCAGUCUGUGACCAGUGCCUUGGACAACACGCUCGCCGGCGAUCCCACCGCAGUGAUUUUCGGUGAAGAUGUGGCGUUUGGUGGGGUGUUUCGAUGCACAGUCGGCCUCAGAGAUAAAUACGGUAAGGACCGUGUUUUUAACACCCCGCUGUGUGAGCAAGGCAUUGUGGGUUUUGGGAUCGGCGCAGCUGUGGCGGGAGCCACCGCUAUUGCAGAGAUUCAGUUUGCCGACUACAUUUACCCAGCGUUUGAUCAGAUCGUAAACGAAGCAGCCAAGUACCGGUACCGUUCGGGGAACUUGUUUGACUGCGGGAAGCUGACCAUCAGAUCUCCGUGGGGCUGCGUGGGUCACGGCUCGAUCUAUCACUCCCAGAGUCCAGAGGCCUUCUUCGCACACUGUCCUGGAAUUAAGAUUGUUGUGCCGAGAGGUCCGGUCCAGGCCAAGGGUCUUCUUCUGUCCUGCAUCGCUGAUCAAAACCCCUGCAUCUUCUUUGAGCCCAAAAUCCUGUACAGAGCAGCAGUGGAGCAGGUGCCCACAGAAGCCUAUCAGAUCCCGCUCUCGCAGGCCGAGGUGCUGCAGGAGGGCAGUGACCUGACGCUGGUGGCCUGGGGAACACAGGUGCAUGUGCUGAGGGAAGUGGCUGCCAUGGCACAGGAGAAGCUGGGUGUCUCCUGCGAGCUCAUCGACCUACAGACCAUUUUGCCUUGGGACACAGAGACGGUUUGCAAGUCGGUGGUGAAGACGGGUCGGCUGCUCGUCAGUCAUGAGGCUCCGGUGACUGGAGGAUUCGCAGCUGAGAUCAGCUCUACGGUUCAGGAGGAGUGUUUCCUCAACUUGGAGGCUCCCAUCAGCAGGGUUUGUGGGUAUGAUACGCCCUUCCCUCACAUCUUUGAGCCCUUCUACAUCCCUGACAAGUGGAAGUGCUUUGAGGCUGUGAAGCGUAUGAUCAACUUCUAAAG